AGGGUUCAUGGUAAACUGUUACACUAAGAAAACUAAGAAAUUCUUAAAAUACUUCUGAUAAAUUUAAGUCUUUCAAACUAGGCUGACCCAAAGAAGUAUGCACGGUUACAGAAAGGAGUGGUUUGCUUUGCACAGGCAAUCUGUGAGGACUGAUGGUUGACUACUAAAAAAUGAGGCUAUGCAGAGCUGGUCUCAUACACCUAUUUCAAUAUCUGACGCUUUCCCACAAUAUUGCUUAAUUAGAGAUGGGUUAUUUGUGGCCCUAGCAAAGUGCAAAACCACAGUCAGGGUGGGUGCAAUAGGCUGAUCAGUACUGUGGUCAGCAGAAUGAGAUUUAGCAUUUCUAGAUGUGGAAAAUGUUCCUGUAGCUGUUUCCUUCUUGAUCUGUCCAUACUUUUAAUCCCUUUUCUUAUCAAACAGAUAAGCAGGCUGGGACAGUAUUAACAUAAAAAUAGUAGACAGUUUUUGAGAGAAGAUCCCUACUGGUUGUUUAGAAAGAAGUCAAUUAGGGCAAGAAAAAUUCCAGAGAUUUGGGUAGAAGUAUGACUUGAUAGAAAGAAAGACAUGCUAAAUAUGCAGAUCAAAUAGCUUGAAAUAGUUCCUUUUUGUCUGGUAUGAACUGCUUAGUGAAGCCAUUUUUAGAUUUUUUUUAUUUUUUUUUUGCAGCAAAUGACCAAGAUGCCUAGUGAUUCUUUCUCAAUGUUAAGCAGAUCAACUGCUCCAGCAGUCACAGCUGCUGCAAACAAACAUACAAUGAGAGCAGCAGGAGGGUGCUCUCUCUUUUGAUAACAAGUUAGUGAUGUCUUGUGGAUUCAUUUUAGUGUUUUUCAGCCAACCAACAUCACAUUUGUGGAAGGAAAUUGCUCACAAUUGCUUCAUAAAGAAAGCAUGUGGUUUAAUGGCAUAAAUAAGAAAGCAGGCAAAAUUAUUUAUGAGUAUGCUCUUCUACUUAUUUUUCCCCCCUUCAAAUUCAGCUUCAUGAUUGUCCCUCAGUGAGGAAAUACAGAACUGGAUGAUGAUCCAUCCUUCUCUGGGUAUCACAAUCGGCCCAUGUUCUUCAGAGGCGGAAUUUUUAGACUGGGAUGCAAUACUACAGUGAAUGCAGAUGCUUGCUUGAGGAAUGAAAUUCAACCAGUGUCUGAACUUGUGCCUAAGAUCAAUUUCCAUUGGGCCAAGUCAAAGAAAUGAUGGUCAGUGUUUUCUCAAAGCCAUGCACAGCAGCUUAUAGUAUUCACAUGCCAGUCAGGAAGGCCCUUGUAUAUGGAGGUAAGUAGGGUGAGAGAAAUCGAGAAAAAUAAGAAACACAGUCUCUGGGUCCAGUACAGGAGGACAAGGAAAGUUUUACAGUUGUGUACAUCAGAGGUUUUGUAGGAAAGGCUGACAGGAGGAUUAGUGAUGCUUUAGCAGAGAAAACACGCUUUUUAGUUGGUCAGAGCUCCAGAGUUAAAGACUUUGGCACAGUCCCCAAAGAAAAGAGAAAAAGAAAUUGCUGUGAACAUUGUCAUUGCCUCCGCUCACAGUGAGUCUACAGUAACCAAGGGAAUGAUAAUUAAAAGAUUAUACUGGGCCGGGGGGAGGAAGGGGGAAGGGACUUGAAAGUGUGUUUUCUGAUUAUUUCCUGAACCAGGUAAGAUCGUUAAUGAUUUAACUUUUUACUUCCUUGAUCCAGGAUGGAGUGCUGUUACUUCUCUUUGCAUCUAAGGUUAUCCUGAGUGUUUAUUACCCAUUUUAGUAAGCAAAAAUGUGAUUUUUGUUAUCUUAAUAUUGUGUCUAUGUGCUUCCGAAACAGAAUAUGGCAGAAAUAGACUGCAUUAAUUGCAGACUUCAGGCUCUGGGGAUUUUGGUGAACUUCCCAAUAGACCUAAUAAUAACCUUUUUCACAGCUCAUUAAACUCUGAAGAAAAAGUCUCUGUUCAUAUCUCAUGCAAAGCAUGGACUGUAUUUUGUAAUUACACUGAAUCUAAUGUAAUCAUGUGAAAUUUAAAUAAAAGGUAAGAAACAAUCUUCAGAAAUCAGUGAUGGAACACUGGAUUAAGAGCCUUCAUCAUUGCCCAAACUGACUUUAUUGAUGUGAAUUGCAGGUAAGUUUUCAAGUCCUGUUAAGGUGAAGAACAUGAUCCACCCUCCAUGAUAAGAGACUUAGAGCCCUUCUCAAGGAUUUCAUGGAGUGGCUAAAUCAACCUCCAGAACCAUAGCAUUCUCUACUCAGCUUCACAGUUUUUGAAGCAGUUUCUAUAGAAGUGCAUUUCUUAAAUGAUAUCUCUAGCAUAUUUCCAUGAGAAAUAAUACCACAAUUUGCUGUAUGUUCCUUCACAUUGUGGUUAGGAACUGUGCUGUGAGAUCAAAAUUUUGUGUAUGAUAUUUUAAUAUAUUCUGGUGAAAAACAACACUGAAUUGCAGAAGGCAGCUACACCAUAUUAAAAUGGUCCUCGUGAUUUCUUAGGCCGAGUUUUAGCUUCUCUUCCCUUUUGUUCAAGGUUUUUAAAAAAAAUUCAGAACUUCAGUUACUUUUACGCUUCAGUAUUCUUUUUUUUUGUUUGUUUCAACCCAGAAAUCUACAGAUUGUUUUUUGAAAACCAGUAUUAAAUCUCUUGCAUUGUCUGACCUUGAUUAGAAAUUCUGAAUCCUGCUGACAUCAACCAGCACUCUGUUACAUAAAUUGGAGUUUCUUACUCAGACCAUGCUUUUACUAAAUGGGAACACAUUUGCAAUUCUGUAGUUCACUGUUAUUUCUUAAGCAAAAAAAUCUUUAUGCACAUGGUAAUCGUAAGGUCAUCUUUCUUUACAUUCUGCUGUGACAAGCAUCAAUUGCAGGCCCAGAGAAAACAAACACUGUUCUAUAUGUUUUCCCUAUCCACAUGCCAGCUUUUCCUUAGGCUCCAGACAAUGACAUCUUCAAUUGGCUAAAAAUAAUGAAAUUACAUCAAGGAGCAUAGGGCACGCAGCCCAGCAGACAGCCACAUGAGGUGCAUGCAGGACACUGGGUUUUAUGUCCAGUCAACUGCCUAUUGCUAUUUUACUACUUUUUUUUGCUUUAAUCUGCGAGGCUGCUGCAGCUGUGGCUGAGCAUUGCAUGAGUGAGUCAGUAUGCAGUUGACAUCACUUCUGCUUGAGACAACGUGCAUCCAGGCACAAAGUCUGGUUAUUGGUUGUCUGAUUGCUUUGUCCCUCCUUCAGUUCCUUGUUGAUGUUUGUAACAUGCACACAUGGGAAUUCUGAGAAGGGUGGCUGUUGAGGGGAUUUUGUUAUUACUGCAUUUCUGAAUUGGCCUAAAUUACAACUCGCAGGCAGGAAGGGAUGGGUUUACUGGCACAGCACUGUUAAUUUAACGUUCUCCUUAACUUUCAUUUUCACCCUCAAAUGUUCACAUCGUGAAACUUUCCACUCUGCUCUGUCAUUAUCUCUCAUUCAAUCUUACACUGCCUAGAUCACGAGAUGAAAAAUGAAACAUUACAUUUCUUACCCUAAACUGCUGAUUUUAAUAUACCUUAAACCUGUAGAAACUAAAAAGGAGUCUAGACAUAGACUUGGGAUCCUACUUGUAUUUGCAUCUUUUCAAGUGCCUAGACCUGAGCCUUUGAAUUUGCUUUUGAUAGAAAGUUGCUAUCCCUGCUUUACAAAGAACACUUCAAAAUAAUGAACAAGCCAGUGAGCAAGAUGCUCCAGUUAAUUGUAAAUACAUUAAAAUUCUUCAAGCUACAGUAAUCAAUCAAACUAAAGCAACAAUUUUGCUGUCUUGCAGAGUCUGAGGGAAUAUGCAAACAAAUUUUCUUAGGGAAAUCAAAACCCAAACCAGUGUAAAAGAUUAUGAUUAACAGUAGUCAGUGUGAGGAGAUAUUUGGGAACACCUUUUUUAACAGUAGUUAUUAAUUAUAUCUACCUCUGUCAGAAACUACCAGAAGCCUCCAAUAAAAUCAGUGAAUCUAUUGAGGUUCCAGAGCAAAAAGGCAGGAAGAACUGGUGAGAAGCUCUAUUGUUUCCUUGUGUAAAUCUUCAUUUAAAGACAUACCAGUGCCUGGGAGUUGGCUUCCAUGGACCAGUUGGUUUUUUUCUGUUUAAGGGUGGAAUGUCAUAAGUGUCCUUAAUUAUUUUCACAUGUUUUUCGACCUUCUAAAUUGAAUGUAGCAAACUGAUAAAGUUGAAGUCUUGUAUUUUUGUAGAAGUUACCAACUUCCUUUUCCAUGUCUCAGGCAUUUAAAGUAGAAGGUGACAAAGUGGAAAUUUCUAGUCUAUAUUAUUGUGGAAUUCUAGAAACACUGUUUCUAUCUCCAUCCUUCAGUGCAGAACAUUUUCACCAUACUCUACUCAGAAGAGCUUUAAUGACAAUGACUCUGAAACAUACCCACAUGAAAUUAGCAAGGACUGAAAAAUAAGACCAACAGAAGUAGGUCACCUAUAACUGUUAAAAAGCUCUUAUCCUGCACCGUAUAAAUAAGGAGGCUGAAUAAUAAAAGCUUAGCAAUUCACUUACUCCUACUACGAUACAUUGUUUUUUACAGUAUUAGACAUUAAGAUUCCUCAUGUUCUGUAGAAAAGAGAGGUCAGAUUUAAUAAGAAAGGGGAGGAUGUAAACAGAAUUUUUAAACCCUGACAAAACAGCGAAUUCAAAGAAGAGUACAACCUUGUCUUUGAACUCUAUCAGUCCUAUCAGUCCAGGUACCUUUCAUUUGACCUUUGAGACAGACAGAGUUGUAUUCAAACUCAAGCAAUUACAACUGGUAUAUGGUUUGGGAAGUGCCGUCGUGGAUUAGAAGCAAGGUAGAAAUUCAUGACAUGGCAUUGGGUCACACAUUAUUUCUGCCUGCUGAUUAGAUGUCUGGAAUAUUGUAAAUAAAGGGAUGUCAAGUGAUAAUUCUGCUGAGAGGGAAGGGUAUUGUGGGGGAAAAAAAAUCCUGAACACUCAGCGAAUGCAAAGAAGCAUGGACUUGAUACAGUCAAGCAGAUGAAUGCUCAAACUACAGAAAACUUGGGCCUAUUUUUCAGGAAAUUAAUCUUUAGCAACCCUGGAUGGUAUCUAUAUAGGUGUGUGCAUGCACGAACACAUGCACACAUAACUCUGUUUACCUCUAGGAUUGCUUACACAAGUGCUUAAUGUUCAUUUUUAAAUAGAAAAACUAGACACAGAAAGAAGAAAAUGCCUUGCCCAAGCUUGUCCAGUAAAAAAAAAAUGUGACAGAUGAAAAGAGAAUGUGUGUUUCCUUGUUUCUCUUGUGGGUUUGUGCACUAUUUCUGUAAUCUUUGAUCGACACCUCUUUCUCUAGUUAUCAUUGUAAUGAUUUUCACCUUGUAUUAGUCAGCAAAUUUAAAAACUGUCUUUAAUUUGAAAGCAGUUCUAAAAAGUUUCCUUAAAUUAGUCAUACGUAAUAUCAAUGAAUGAAUAACUGGGGCCAAAAUCCUUGGGAGCAUACUGACACACCACAGCGUUUCUGAGUCUGCAGUUGCCUGGCAGCUCUCUGUACUGCAUGCAGCCGUUGGCUCUGGGAUUGCUUGUGGCUUUCAGACCAUAGGUAGAAACCUGGUUUUGUAAUAUGUGAAUGUCCACGUGUUGACUAAAAUUGAAAAUCAGCUUAAGAAUCCUAUCUUCAUCGUUGUCUAGGUGUCCUGGCAUUCACACACACAACAUGGUGUGAAUAGCUCAUACCUCAGGGAGCUGCAGUUUCCUUUCAGAUUUUGAAUUAUGUCAGAAAAGCACAAAGGGACAAACCUUACAGUCAGCAACAGACAAUGAAUAGGGAGCUCUGGAGAGGAAGAAAGACUAUAAAUACUCUGGUGAGAAAGAUCCUUUAAAACUUGAUCAAAAAUAAAGAAGUAAUAUAUUUGUUAAACUUAAAAUACUUGUCCUUAGUUGUAAUUACCUGUUUAUAUGCUUUACUGGUCCAUAUCCUAAAGCUCUAUGGUUCUGUAAAAUGUCUUGAAGUUGCUCACUCUCUUUCUACAGCUGCUAGUUUAAUGUAUAGGAGAAUGGCCAUGCAAUGAUAAAAUCUCUUAGAGGUCUUUCAGGAUUUUUAAUUUUUUUAUUGUAACACUGCCUGUGAGGUUGCAAAAACUGUUCAGUGUGAUACACCAUCCUCAGCUUCUACGUGUGCUCGGUGAUGAGGUUACAGCACACUGUGCAGGAAAGAGGAGAUGCUUGCAUGGUGACUGGCCACCUCUCUGCCUCCUGUCACACACAUUAUGUAAUGCUGUGGCAGCACGUCAGCUACCCACCCUCCAGUUCUGAAAGAAAAUAGAGACAUUUUGGGAUUCCCCUUUUGUCUGCUAUCCAUAUGUAGCCUAAGUCUGCUGUUUUGCCCACAUGAUCCUGGGGUAUAAAAUGCUUUUGCCUUACAGGAGGGUUACAGAGCAGGAGAGAUUAAUGGAAAGAAAUUUUGACAGAUAAGACCGUCUCCUGGCAGGUUUGGAAAAACUUCUCUCAAAAGCACGGUAAGUUGGCACUGUGUACGUGUUCUGUUUCCAUUCAUUUACUGCAGCUUGCAAGUAACUAUAUGGCAAACUGUUUUGUUUUUUUCCCCAUAUUAGCAGUGAAGUGUUGUAAUCAGUCUCCUGCUGUUUCCGAACUGUCCUGCUGCUGUGAAAACUAUUCCUCUUUCUGCUGAUUUAAAGAACUGUUCCCACAUCACAUAAAACAAGAUUUCAGCACUGUGAACUGAAAUUAUAAACAAAGCAUACAAAAUGUUGUGCCCAUGGCAGUUUGUGUUCAAAGCUCGUGCUGCUAAGAAUGAGUCCUCUGAAGAGAAGGAUAUCAAUAAUAAUGUGGAGAAAGAUAGGAAGAUCCAUGGCUUAGGAAAUGAUGAUGCCAAAUUACAUGAUCUGAGCAAGAAGCAGAUAGAGAUGCCGCCUAUUGCAGCUUCAGCAAAGGCCAGUGGUGGGAAAGAGAAUCCCCCCCCAAAUGGUGUCAAAGCUUCAAACCAAAUAUUAAGAUGUCCAAGACACAUAAAAGUAAGAAACUUGGGAAAUGGAUCCAGCUUUCUCGACACACUACACCUGACAGCAAAGGAGGUUAUCAACUGCCGGACCAAAGCCUGCCAAGGGGCACUCAUGACGCCAAAGGGCAUGGUGAGAGGUACAAGAGAUGGGCCAGUUCCACCGGCAGAGCUUUUAUCUCAGGCAGUAGACUUUAUCAAGCAGUACUACAGUUCAUUUAAAGAGCCAAAAAAAGAAGAACACCUGGUCCGACUGGAAGCAGUGACCAAGGAGAUAGAAACAACAGGAACCUACCAUCUGACAAAGGAUGAACUGAUCUUUGCUGCCAAACAGGCCUGGAGGAAUGCACCUAGGUGUAUUGGGAGAAUCCAGUGGUCCAAUCUACAGGUAUUUGAUGCACGUGAUUGUAAAACAGCAAAAGAAAUGUUUGAGCAUAUCUGUCGUCAUAUUCAGUAUGCCACAAAUAAUGGAAAUAUAAGAUCAGCCAUUACUGUCUUCCCCCAGAGGACUGAUGGGAAACAUGAUUUUCGUAUUUGGAACAGCCAGCUCAUCCGAUAUGCUGGAUAUCAAAUGCCAGAUGGGUCUAUCAUAGGAGACCCUGCCAGUGUGGAGUUCACACAGUUGUGCGUUGAGCUUGGGUGGAAGCCGAAAUAUGGCUGCUUUGAUGUAGUUCCACUCAUUCUCCAAGCAAACGGCCAAGACCCAGAAAUAUUUGAAAUCCCGCCAGAAAUUGUGCUCGAAGUGCCAAUGGAGCAUCCAAAGUUUGAAUGGUUUAAGGAGUUAGAUCUGAAGUGGUAUGCACUGCCUGCUGUUGCCAACAUGCUUCUUGAGGUGGGAGGCCUGGAGUUUACUGGGUGUCCUUUCAAUGGCUGGUACAUGGGGACAGAGAUAGGAGUGCGAGACUUCUGUGAUGUACAGCGAUAUAAUAUCCUAAAGGAGGUAGGGAGAAGAAUGGGACUGGAAACAAACAAACUUUCAUCGUUAUGGAAAGACCGAGCUGUUGUAGAGAUAAAUGUGGCUGUGCUUUAUAGCUUCCAAAAACAAAAUGUGACUAUCAUGGACCACCACUCAGCUGCUGAGUCCUUCAUGAAAUACAUGCAGAAUGAGUACCGUGUACGAGGAGGCUGCCCGGCUGACUGGGUGUGGAUUGUGCCUCCCAUGUCAGGGAGCAUAACUCCUGUGUUCCACCAGGAGAUGUUGAACUAUGUCCUCACUCCCUUCUAUUACUACCAGGUGGAUGCAUGGAAAACGCAUGUCUGGCAUGAUGAGACCCGGAGACCAAAGAAAAAAGAAAUAAAAUUUAGCAUCUUGGCAAAGGCUGUACUUUUUGCAUCUUCACUCAUGCGACAAACAAUGGCAACCAGGUCCAAGGUCACUGUAAUCUAUGCAACAGAGACUGGGAAAUCUGAAACACUAGCAAACAAUCUUUGCAGCUUGUUCAACUGUGCCUUCAACACUAAGAUUCUGUGCAUGGAUGAGUACAACAUUUGUGACCUGGAAAAAGAAACGCUUCUUUUAGUGGUUACUAGCACUUUUGGAAAUGGAGAUUCUCCAAAUAAUGGAAAGACCUUCAAGAACUCCUUGCUCACCCUGAAAUUUCUGAGAGGAAAAAUUAGAUAUGCUGUGUUUGGUUUGGGGUCCAGCAUGUAUCCAGAGUUCUGUGCUUUUGCUCAUGCCAUUGACCAAAAACUGGCCCAACUAGGGGCUUCUCAGCUCACUCCAAUAGGCGAAGGAGAUGAACUCAACGGGCAAGAAGCAGCCUUUCGUGCAUGGGCAGUCAGCGCGUUCAAGACUGCCUGUGACAUUUUUAACAUCUGUGGGAAAAACAGUAUUCAGUUGCCUGAGAUAUAUACCUCUGAUGAAAGCUGGGAUCCUAAGAAUUACAGGAUAGUCCAUGACUCUCAGACCAUGGACUUGGCUAAAGCACUUGCAAACAUUCAUGCCAAGGUUAUAAUUCCCAUGAAGCUGAAAUUCAGACAGAAUCUUCAAAGUUUAAAGUCCAGUCGUGUUACCAUUCUAGUUAAGCUUUCCUGUGAGACUAAUCAGGACAUGCACUACCUGCCUGGAGAUCAUAUCGGGAUUUUCCCAGGCAACCAGCCAGAAUUAGUCCAUGGCCUCAUUGCCCAUGUCAAGGAUGCCCCUCCAGCUGAUCAGACUAUCAGACUUGAAACCUGCACUGGUGGUGGCUACUGGACGAGUGACAAAAAGAUUCCCGCCUGCACACUCCUGGAGGCUUUGACAUACUUGCUCGAUAUCACUACUCCACCCUCCCAACAACUGCUAAAAAAACUUGCCCAGCUGGUAACAGCGGAAGAAGACAAACAGAGACUGGAAGUUUUAUGUCAGAGCACAGAAGAAUACAAUAAAUGGAAGUUUUACAACAGCCCGAACAUCCUGGAGGUCCUGGAGGAGUUUCCUUCUGCUGAGGUCUCAACAGCUUUCUUACUGACUCAGCUGCCAUUUCUGAAACCCAGGUACUAUUCCGUCAGUUCCUCCUGUGACAUGACAGCCAGAGAGAUUCAUCUGACAGUUGCAGUCGUAAACUACAGGACGAGAGAUGGACAAGGGCCUUUGCACCAUGGAGUCUGCAGCACGUGGCUGAAUACAAUAGCUCUCAAUGAAAUAGUGCCAUGCUUUAUACGCAGUGCUAAUGAAUUCCGGCUCCCAGAGGAGCCAACCAAGCCAUGCAUUCUGAUCGGUCCUGGAACAGGAAUUGCUCCCUUCAGAAGUUUCUGGCUGCAGCGUCUCCAUGACUUGGAAAAGAAAGGGAUCAAAGGUGGUGACAUGACAUUAUUGUUUGGCUGCCGGCAGCCAGACAUGGAUCACAUCUACAAAGAAGAAACUGAUGAGAUGAAGAGGAAGGGAGUCCUGAAAGAAGUCUAUACAGCUUACUCCAGACAACCUGGCCAACCUAAGGUCUAUGUUCAAGACAUCCUUCAAAGCAAGUUGGAGACCAAAGUGUGCAACCUCUUGCAUAAGGAGGAAGGGCAUCUGUAUGUCUGUGGGGAUGUACACAUGGCCAGGGAUGUUGCUCAGACUUUGAAAGGGCUGCUAGCAAAAUACCUGAAUCUUAAUGAGCAACAGGCAGAGGAGUACUUCUUCCAGCUAAAGAGCCAAAAGCGUUACCAUGAAGAUAUAUUUGGGGCUGCAUUCCCACAUGAUGUCAAAAGAGGUGUAAGAGCUUUGCAACCCACCAGUCCAAGAACAAAUCAACUUAUGUUUUAGACAAUACUUGCACAUUUGUUGUUAUUUUCAAAAAACAAGGGGUCAGAUCCUCUUUCUUAUACAUCUUAAGUCAUACAGAUGUAUAUGAUUGUAGGAUCUGACUUUUAAACCUCAGCCUUAAUUAUGAAAAAUACUAAAUUUAACUUUUGUUGCUAUUUAUUCUAAAACUUCUUUUAAUAGAUUAUCUUAAUAGUGGUGAUGCAAAUUAUUUUUUUAAUACUAUCUAUGCUGAUAUGAAUCUGCUAUUUUUUCUAAAUACAAGGAAAAUUUAGUUAUUUACUAUAAGUUGCAUAAGUUAUUUACUCUGUGUAAGUACGUUACAUAAAGUUACAUAAAUAAGUUAUUUACUCUAAGCUAGAACUGAAAUCUUUUUUUGAAAUGUACUGUUUGUCUUGGUGAAUUUAUAAAAAAAUCAGAUUGUUUUACUGUGCCUAUUAUUUCACUUUAAAGCAAUUAAAUGGAUGGUUGUGUCACUUGGAAUUAUAAAGUCACACACGUUGAAUCUGAAGCAAUGUUUGCAGAAGAGAUAAUAAUAUAAUGGUUCAUAAGUGGAAAUACCUGCUGCACACACUUCCAAUGUGUGUAAGUGAGGAGGCGGUAGUUCUGAAUUCUGCUUUCUGUGGUUCAGGUACUUGAACCUGAAUUGUUGUUGUUACAGACCCUGUGGCAGUAAGGUUCAGAAAAUUCUAAAGCACUUUGUACGUUUGAAUUCUAGGCUGUGAUUGCCUGAUUUGUUUUUAAUAAAAGACACCUUUAUAUUGAGACAAACAAGUUGGUGUGGAUUA